AUGGCUGCACGCCACUUCCUGAGGAACCCGAAGGACUUGCAAGACUACGGCUCAUGGGCCAUUGCUACCGGCACCACCGACGACAUCAGGAAAGCCCUGGUCUUCGAGCUCGCCUCCAAGGGCCUCAACCUUGGGCUCAUUGGCUGGAACCCCAGCAAACUCGAAGCCACCUCGAGUGAGCUGAGGGAUAGAUUCGGAGCAACCACCGAGGUCAAGACUGGGGUCGCAGACCUCACGAAGCUGAGCGGAGAGGAGAUAGCGGCAGCCAUUGCGAGAGCCACGGAAGGGAUCGACGUUGGGUUGCUCGUCAACAACGCGGGGUCGGCUUAUAAAAUUUAUCCUUGA